AUGCCGGCCAACCACCGCCAGCCGGCAUCACAGACGCCUGCGUCCCCUAACAGCAAGGCCACCGCGAGAUACACGAACAAGGACGGCUCCAAGAUCAUCACUGUCCCAAAGGGUCCCCCCUCCGCUGAGGCUUCGCAGCCCUCCACCCCGACCUCCUCCGCGAAAGCACCCAGCCUGCAAACGACCGCCAACACCAACGGCGCCGACGCACUUCAACCUGCCAUUAAUCGCAAGAAGCAGAAGCGUCGCGCAAAGGCUGCUGCGAAAGCUGCCGCUGAGCAGGCCGUCGUCCCCGUCCAAACCCCGAAUGGCCGCCCCAGUCAUCCACCUGGCGCCCCGGCGCCCAAACUCCAAGCUGCCCAAGAUGACGCCGACCAGGAUUUCAGCGACGACGACCCCGAGGAUCAGCCUUCCUACGACGACCAUUCCAACACAAACGGCAUCGCAUCCGCAAAGUCCAAAAAGAAGAACAAGAAGAAGAAGAAGGCCGGCAAGACCCAGCAUCUGCCCGACCCUCAAUUCGACAACAUAUCGCAUCCCCCCCACUCUCCAUUGGCCCCGCGCGGCAAUGGGAUUUCAAAGGACAAGAUCUGGAACACCAGCUCUCAGGAGGAGCGCGAACGCAUCAAGGAGUUUUGGCUGGGUCUGGGCGAGGAUGAGCGCAAGUCGUUGGUAAAGGUCGAGAAGGAUGCCGUCCUUAAGAAGAUGAAGGAGCAGCAGAAGCACACGUGCAGCUGCACCGUCUGCGGCCGAAAGCGGACCGCUAUUGAGGAGGAGCUGGAAGGUCUCUACGACGCUUACUACGAGGAACUCGAAACAUUUGCUCACCAGGGCGAAGGCCCCCCACUGCUCGGUAGUCACGGGCGCGAGUUUCCUCUGCGGCCGUCACGGCUGCCGUCAGGCUACUCGGGGCAACCACCAUCGCGUGGCCGCAUAAUCGAGCACGUCGGCGACGACGAGGAUGACGAAGAGCCCGAAGAUGAGUAUAGCGACGACGAGGAGGACCUUGACGACGACGAAUAUGAUAGCGAAGAUGAGCCCCCCGAGGACGCUCACGACGCUCACCCUCACGACCACCCUCAUGAUCGAGACGUGGCAGAUUUCUUGACGUUUGGGAACAGCCUGCAAGUCAAGGGUAUGAAGCUUCUGGACUCUCUACUCUGCAGAUAUGGUAACAUGGACUUAGGCGGCAUACUCACCGUUGCGGAUGAUCUUCUCAAGAACGACGGCAAGCGCUUCAUUGAGAUGAUGGAGCAGCUCGCCGAGCGUCGCAUGGCCCGAGAAGAGGACGCCAAGGAGCACUUUGCUCGUGGCUAUGCUCAUCCCACUAACGGCUCACACUCGAAUCAUAACCAUCCUCCUCCCGAAGACGACUACGACGACGAAGACGAGGAGGAGGAUGAGGACUAUGAUGACAGUCAAGAAGAGGAAUACGAGGAUGAAGAAGUGAGCUCCUCUCAAUACACGUAUGACCAUAAACACUCGAGUACUGAGCAUAUUUGUUGUCAUCAUCAGGACACGAUGACCGAGGAGCAGCGCAUGGAAGAGGGUCGUCGCAUGUUUCAAAUAUUCGCAGCUCGCAUGUUUGAGCAAAGGGUGCUCACAGCGUAUCGAGAUAUGGUCGCGAAGCAACGCCAACAACAACUCAUUGCGGAACUCGAGGAGGAGACGCGGCAGGAAUCCCAGCGGAAGGCGAAGAAGGCAAAGGAGAACCAGAAGCGCAAAGACAAGGCCGCCCUCAAGAAACAGAUGCAGGCCGAGGAGAAGGCGCGAAAGGAGGCCGAGAAAGCUGCGGAAGAGGCUGCCCGACUCGAGGAGCAGAAGAAGAAGGCGGAAGAACAGCGGCUCAAAGCCGAGGAGAAACGCCGCAAAAAGGAAGAGCAGAAGCGCCUCGAGGAGGAGGAUCGACUGCGCAAGGAAGCUGAGCGGCUACGACGUGCUCAAGAACAACAAGAGAAACGCGCCGAGGCAGAACGCAAAGCGCGCGAGUUGAAGGAGAAGCAGAAGGCUAAGGAGGCACGCGACAAGGAGUCUCGCGAGCAGAAGGAGAGGGAAGCCCGCGAGCGCAAGGAGAAGCAGGAACAGGCCAAGCGGGAUAAGGACCGAAAGGCCAAGGCGGAACGAGAAGCCAAGGUCGAGAAGGAGGCCAGGGAGAAGCUGAAGCAGGAGGAGAAGGCGGCGCAAAAGGUUGCCGCUGCUGAUGCUGCCCCUAUUCCGAUCCCGAACCCGAGCCGGCGGCCAUCGCAACAUCCCGUGUCGAUCCCGACACACCCGUCGAAUCCAGCAUCCUAUGCAUCUCCAAAGAUACCCGUUGCGACGCCGGCUAUUCCCAAGGCGCCAACACCGAUCCGCCCGAAGAACGCCAUCCAGCCACAGGAUGUGAGCAUGCCUGGAUCGCAUGCGUCGCAGUCCAGCUCAACCAGCCAAAAUCCAUCACCACACCCCGCCACGCCGGGUCACACGAGUCCGGCGCCGAUUGGUUCAAGGAAAGGAAGCGUGGCAACGACAACAUCACUACCGCAUCCUCACUCUGUGUCACCGUCCACCAUGAAGGGGCCAAUGGGCGCAACACCAGGCCCGUUCGGCAUGCCAAUGAGCAUGCCGCCACCCGGCUUUGGAGGACCACCCCCAGGGUUAGGAAACCGGAUGCACGAGCCGAUCUUUGGUCCCCCCGGUAUUCCUGGCUUCGGAAGGCCGCCCCCGGGCAUGAUGCCCGGCCCACCCGGCCUCAACGGGCCUGCCGGACGAGGUUUCAUGCCACACCCGCCGCCGGGCUUCGGCGCACCCAUGGGCGAUCCAUUGCACGGAAUGGGCUCGGCCCCAGUGUCACAUUCUCGCCAGGCAUCGGGAAGCUUUACAGAAGCAUCUUCUCCGGCGCCGUCGCAGCCCAUCGGGAGACCAGCGCCUAUCGGCCGACCCGGCAGCGUGGUGCAGGGACAGCGAGACGACCAGGACGACUUUGCCAAUCAGCACCUCGGCAGCAGCGCGCUGUUGGACGAGUUCGACGACCCGAACCUAAACCCGCUCUCUGCGCCUUUCAACGCCAUGGGAAGAGCGCGCCAACAACCCCCUAGACCGGCGUUCCCGAGCAUCCCCUUUGGCAUGGACAAUGCAUUCCACAACAUGAACAACGUCUGGGGCCCGUCACCCAUGAACUUCGCCCCUCCACCGCCCGGACUGGGAAAUCCCACCUGGGGCAGCCCGAUGAUGCAGCCGAUGCCGUCCCUGGGUCAAAUACGCACCGCCGGCAACCCGCGAUCCGUCACGGUUCGUCUCAUGCUCUGCCGAGCCUGCAAGGAGCUACAGGCACGCAGCGAGGAGCCGGAGUCCUUCAUCGACAUGUCGGCCGUCAAGUCAGAGGUGGAUCAUCUGAGCCGCAUGGACGUUGUCUCAGAAGACGAACUUCUGGACCUGCUCGAGACGGAGGGAAACGCGCACAACGGUGGUGGUACGUUUGAGAUCCGACGAGACGCAAACGGCCCCGGCAAGCACACAGUUCGCUGGGUGCCCGAGUUCAGUGACCUGUCCCAGCCCCAACACAGGGCGGUAGGCGCCCCAGGUGAGAUCGGUAGCCCCAUCAUCGGCGGCGGGUCGUUGGCGUUUCUGUCUAGGGGGCAGUAG